ACGACGCAGUAAGCCACGUGCUUUCUACAAAGCGGAGUUGGUACAUAUGUAGAAUAUCAUUCAAUUUGUUAAGAUCAAAACUGCAAGUUAUUUUUACUUUAAUGGUAUAAUGACCACGAUACAGGAUUUAUCUAACGAAAUUAUAUUAAGUAUUCUCGAAAACGAAACCAUUAGUUUGAGCGACGUUGAGAAUUUUAGUUUCACGUGCAAGGGAUUUGAGUGGAUAUCACAUUAUGAAACUCUCUGGAAGAAAAAAUAUGCUCAGAAAUGGCCUACUGCAAAGCAAUUUUGUAAAGACACAAUGGGCAUUGAAUUUAAUGACUUAAAUAUUGAAGAUUUUAGAGAGGGUAUGAAAUGUGCGGAAAACUUGUGGCUUUAUGUGCCUCGUAUAUCUCAGAUGUAUUAUUACUGUAAUACGUUCUACUUUAAUCUAAUACAUAAAGACGAUCUGCAUACAGAAAAGCACCCUUUAAAUUUGUUGAUUUUACGUGAUGAACUUAUGAAAAAUAUAUCAUCAAGAUCCACGACAAAAGAAGACACAUUACAUUAUAGACAAGCGUUGUGGUGUGCAAUAUAUAUCUGCGUUGCAAACAGAUUGGGUUUACAUGUUCUAACAACAAUGCACGGUAUAGAAAAUAAUUAUGCUCUACACUCUAAUAUACAUUUGGUUUGGCAAUCCGGAAAGUAUAUAGAAAAUAGAGAAUGUUUCACGUUUGAAUGGACAGAUAAUACAGAUAAUGCAAAGAUUUCUCACAUAAAAAAAUGCCAAGUGCCGCCUCGCUUUAUUUCUUUAUUUUCUGACAGAAAUCUACAUUUGCUUGGGCUGCCAAGAUCGGUUGCAGACAAUACCAUUCGGGAUAUAUAUUUUUUGUGGGUACGUGGCUGCUUUCCCUUUGACGAUCUUUCUUAUAGAGCAAAAUCAAUAAUUUAUUAUGAUGAGAAAAUAUGUACUCCAGAUAAAACAUUUCGGAAAAAAAGAUCGCCUAAUCUAAAAUAUGCGAUUGGAUUGAUAGUUACACAUAAGCAUAAAAUGGAAGAUAAUACACAAAAAGAUGUUGCUGGGGUCAUUAUUGGGUGGCACAACGAAUGCCACAUUGAACGCUUUAAGUAUAUUAGUACAUAUUGUAGUAGUUCGUAUGAUGUUACAGAAAAAUGUAUACAGAAAAAUAACAUCGAUAAUUGGAAAUCGCAACCGCACUACGUUUUGUUAAUCGAGAAGGAUUUGUGUUACGUUCCACAAUAUGCUAUAACAUCGGUAUGCAAAAAAUGGAUAAAUAAUAAUCCAGAAGUUGGAAAAUAUUUCUGUAAAUUUGAAGAUACUCAUUAUGUGCCAAAUAACAUGCUAGGACAGCAUUAUCCAGACGAUGCCGCAGUCGUUCGCGACAUAUUAUUGAAUAAUCUAAAAUUAUAAUAUUGUGAAUGGUGCAGAAGUGUGUGUGUCUGCUCUUUUUUAGUGCGGAUUGAAAUUCAAAAUAAAAUGAUAAUUUAAUACUAACAAGAGCAGAUAAGGGUAAUAUAACUGUGGCUUUAGAUAGAGAUAAAUACAUCGAAAAGAUUGAAGACAUGUUAAGCAAUGAUGAAACUUAUUUAGUUUUAAAUAAGUAUCCGAUUAAAAAAUUAAUCUGGAACCUUCAUGAUUUACUUACUAGAUGGAAAAAUGACAAUUACAUUUUAGUACAGA